AUGACGGCCAAUCAUGACCUCAGGGACCCCUCAGGACCUCUUAGGGACCUCAGGGAGCGGGGCCGAAUAUUCCCUGAUGAGCUUAGGGACCGGGAGCCUCCGGUCGUCCAGCAGCUGAAACGAACCUUCAAAUACUUCCAGGAUUACCGACAGAUGAUCAUCGAGCCGACGAGCCCGAAGCUGCUGCCCGACCCCCUGAAGGAGCCGUACUACCAGCCCCCCUACACGCUGGUGUUAGAGCUCACUGACGUCCUGCUGCACCCGGAGUGGUCGUUGGCGACAGGUUGGAGGUUUAAGAAACGCCCGGGCAUCGAUUAUCUGUUCCAGCAGCUCGCUCCGCUCUACGAGAUCGUCAUCUUCACCGCAGAGACCGGCAUGACGGCGUAUCCUCUCAUCGACAGCAUCGACCCUCAGGGCUUCGUCAUGUACCGUCUGUUCAGAGACGCAACGCACUACAUGGAGGGACAUCAUGUCAAGGUACGGCGUGUGUGUGUGUGUGUGUGUGGCAAGGACAAACUUCCUUUAACAGGCAGAAACCUCC